UUUCCUCAUGGGAUUGACAGGUUUAUGGACAUAGCUUCUUAAAGUGUCGGCAACCUUAAGAUAAUUUAGCAUACCAACUAAAUUAUAUAUACUACUUAUGGAAUCAUUGAGGAAACACAAAAGUGAGUGAGAUUAUAAAAGAGUCAUAUCUAGAGAUCCCAUUUCAGAUUAGAUAUAUCAUUCUAAAAUGGAGGUUUUUGACAGAAGAUCAUCAUCAUGCAAUUUGUUCAAUGUUACAAGUGAGCUUCAAAAUCAUAUAACACAAAAGCAAUCAAUGUACCCUCCUGGCUUUCCAAGAAAGGUAUUUGCAGAGGUUAUAGGGACAUAUUUGUUGGUGUUUGUGGGGAGUGGGAGUGCUGCUAUGAAUGCAAUUGAUGAAAACAAAGUAACAAAAUUGGGAGCUUCACUUGCAGGUGGAUUCAUUGUAACUGUUAUGAUUUAUGCAAUUGGACACAUCUCUGGUGCACAUAUGAAUCCAGCUGUUUCCUUAGCUUUUGCCACCAUUACUCAUUUUCCUUGGAAACAGGUUCCAUUUUACAUAGCAGCUCAACUCACAGGAGCAAUUUCUGCUUCGUACACACUUAGAGCAUUGCUAGAGCCAUCAAAGCACCUAGGUGCAACAUCACCUUCUGGAUCAAACAUUCAAGCACUUAUCAUAGAAAUUGUCACCACUUUCACCAUGGUGUUCAUCUCCACUGCUGUCGCAACCGACUCAAAAGCCAUAGGAGAGGUUGCUGGAGUAGCUGUAGGUUCAUCUGUUUGCAUUGCAAGCAUUGUUGCUGGACCAAUUUCCGGGGGAUCAAUGAACCCAGCAAGAACAUUAGGUCCUGCAAUUGCUUCCGCAUCUUACAAAGGAAUUUGGGUUUAUAUGGUUGGACCAAUUACUGGUGCACUUUUAGGUGCAUGGUCUUAUGUUGUGAUUCAAGAGACAGAUCAUAAACAAGAUAUUGUAAAUUUGCAAUCUCCUCUUUCACUCAAGUUACACCAUGAGAUGAAUGGGAUUGAGCUAUAGUUUGUGACAAUGCUAAGUGUGAGAAUUGUAUAUUUUUGUAUUGGAGUUUGGACACCUUCCAAGGCAUUGUACUUUCCUUGUGUACAAAUUGGAUAUAUAUACUAAGUAAUUAGUUCUUAUU